AUGGCCGACUUCUCUGAGUAUACGGGUCCCAGUGAAGACUGGCUCGCCCUGGAGCCCACGCUGCCUCCCAUGCCCAGUCUGCCACUCCUGGAACUGAGGCAGAUGAUCAACAAAGGUCGCGAGGAACUUGCUGCUCAAGGCAUGAUCAACUUAGUCCAGUUCGCUGGUAACAAAACACUUCAACUCUCGAUGGCACAGACUGACUCCUUUCUCGGAACAGCUUCUCAGGUUGAAAUCCAAGACUAUACAAUUACGACUCGCGACGGAGCCACAAUCGAAGCGCGAACAUAUCGUCUGGCCGGCAUUCCUGCCUCCCAAAGGCUCCCAGUGUAUAUUCAUCUCCACGGCGGAGGCUUUCUCUUUGGUACCCUCUCUUCUGAAGACGCGAUUUGCUCCCGUAUUCUUGUUUCGCGUGUGAAUAAUGGCACGCCAGUGGUCGUAUUCAAUGUGAACUACCGCCAUACUCCGGAACACCCAUUCCCCACGGCUUGGAACGAUGUUGAGGAUGCUUUCGUCUGGCUUCAUGGACACAUGGCCGAGAUCGGUGGACAGAGCGACCAGGUCGUGGUGGGCGGAAUUUCCGCUGGAGCCACCCUGACUGCAUCUUUAGCGCUUGCACAGCUUUACGGAGAUAACGAGAAGCUCAAGGCCUGCCCCAAGAUUCGAGGUCAGGUCCUCAUGAUUCCUUGCCUCGUCAUCUUAGACUAUUACGCACCUCGCAAAGAAUGGCUGCGCAGCGCAGAGAUCUCGAGCCUCGUGACAUGUGCGGAAGCGCCAAUACUGCCUAUCUCCCGCAUCAAUCUCUUCAUGUCUCUACUCAAGGUGAAUAACUUUCCCGACGCUGGUCGCAACCUCCGGAUGAACCCGGGUAAUGCGACCGCAGAGGAAGUGAAGAACCUACCUCCCACCACCUUUGGCAUCGCCGUGAAAAUGGGUACGUCUGGCCCCGAUGGAUUGAUCAAACUCUUUGCUGACAACGAUGCCACCAGGGUACCAACCAAUGUCACCGUCUUCCGUGGUGUGCCACAUGGAUUUAGACGGUACGGCGACAAACUGACUGCCAGUAAGAGAUGGGAUGAGGUGAUGAGCGGUGGCAUUACUUGGGCUCUUAGCAACCCUGCGGCUGGGUCUUUUGAAAUCAAGGCAGACUAA